AGAGCAGGUACAACUCAUUCUCCCUGACCACAACGCCAUGGCAUUCCUGUGGCUUCUGUCCUGCUUUGCCCUUGUGGAGGCUGCCUUUGGCUGCGGGGUGCCGGCCAUCCACCCGGUGCUCAGUGGCCUGUCCAGGAUCGUCAAUGGGGAGGACGCUGUCCCUGGCUCCUGGCCCUGGCAGGUGUCCCUGCAGCACUCAAAUGGCUUCCACUUCUGCGGGGGCUCCCUGAUCAGCGAGGACUGGGUGGUCACCGCUGCCCACUGUGGGGUCAAGACGUCCGACCUCGUGGUGGCUGGGGAAUUUGACCAGGGCUCCGACCAGGAGGACAUCCAGGUCCUGAAGAUCGCAAAGGUUUUCAAGAACCCCAAGUUCAACUUCUUCACCAUCCAGAGUGACAUCGCGCUGCUGAAGCUGGCCACACCCGCCCGCUUCUCCAGCACCGUGUCGGCCGUGUGCCUGCCCAGUGAGGACGAAGAUUUCCCGGCCGGGACCCAGUGUGUCACCACGGGCUGGGGAAAGACCAAGUACAGCGCCACCAAGACCCCCGAAAAGCUGCAGCAGGCCACCCUGCCCCUCCUGUCCACCGCCGAAUGCAAGAAGUUCUGGGGCGCCAAGAUCAAGGACUCCAUGAUCUGCGCAGGCGCCAGUGGCGUCUCUUCCUGCAUGGGCGACUCCGGCGGCCCCCUGGUGUGUCAGAAGGACGGGGCCUGGACCCUGGUGGGCAUCGUGUCCUGGGGCAGCGGCACCUGCUCCACCUCCACCCCCGCCGUGUAUUCACGGGUCACUGAGCUCAUGCCCUGGGUGCAGCAGAUCCUGGCAGCCAACUGAGUCCGUGGCUCCUGCUCCCCCGCUCCGAGAAGCUCCAAUAAAAUCCAUCUAUUCAGAA